GACGGCAGAGCUGAACAUUAGAUAUUGCGAACAAUGUAUUGAUAUCAGUUAUUUCUUACAUGAAUGAUAAUAAGAAUUCGUAAAAUAUCAGAUUCUGUUUACAUAAAAUGAAGAUGAUAUCCGUUUUCUCGAAGUAGACGUGGAUUUGUAAGGUGUCUGCAUUCGUGGUUACGGUGGUACACUGCAUGUCACGUGCAACUGUCAGACCUUUAAAAAACAUUGUUUUGAAUUCCCGCACAGCUACCUGCAGCCAUCUACUCAACCGGUACUUGUACCGCUGUAUUUGACAGUUUGAGGCAAGGUCCGUUGGGGUUUAAGGUUAUUAUUUUUGACUUUUGAAUUCGAAUAGUUGGAGAAGUUGUUCAAUAUUUUUCAAGGAAUCAAGUAACAGGUGUAUGAGUGUAAUAAAAUGGAUUCAGAAGAUGACGAAGAUAUAUUUGCGGAUAUGUCAAUCAACUUGGGUCUGAAUGAUUCCUUGGAUCAGGCUGCGGUGCCUGAACAUUUGACCGAAUCUGCUGGCGAAGUGGUGUAUUCCAAGGAACGUAAUCCUGUGAAGGAACAUUUAAUAAAGCAAUUAGCUGAUGUAAAAGAACGUGUGGAAAACACUAAAAGACAAAUUAGUGAAACUGCUGCGUUGAAAGCAAAGAUUUUACAGAGAUUUUCUUCUCAUGCAUUUUAUGGAGAGAGCGCUUCAUCAGACUCAGAUAGUGACCUAUACACUGUCGAUGGAGAGCCAGUAGUGAAGAGAACCAAAAAGGUGGACCAUUCAAGGAAGCAACCGCUGGUAGUAAAAAGUACAUGGCAGUAUGUUAUUAUCGACAAAUGGGUUGUUGGUAUAAUGCUGCAAAAUGAGUCUGAUAGCGACCUGUACGAGCUCGAUCUACACGUUGACGUUAGGAACAUGGACGAAUUUUCCGGAAUAUCAGGAUUCUGGACGAAAAAUUCAAAAGGACUUUGGAGGAGGACCGAUCUGGUGAGAACCGGAGAUCUCGGUGAAGUGGCUGCCACUGUCGUAUUAGAUUUGCCAAAGUUCACGCGAUUUUCAACGGCGGAAUUGAUCGCCACGGUCACUUACGAGCUGGACGAGAUCGCUCUUCAGACCCUCGUUCCCAAGGUCUCGCUCGACGUCCGUAAAGUCAUGAAAGGUGAUCACGACCUUGAAUUCCCCGACAAUUUUGACGGCGCUACUCCUAUCGCUAAUAAGGUGAUUGAACCGCUCCUGACGCUGAAGUCACUGUCAAUUGACAAAAUAACGGAUUUCAAAUUACCGUAUCCUUGCGACACGGAGCUGGUGAAGAUUCUGAACGACAUCGGGAUGGCUGAAAUUUUGCCCAAGGUCUUCGUAGGACAGACUGAUUCCCUGAGCCGAUGUAUUUUCGAAACGAUUUCAGUAUCCCCACUGAAAUACAAAGGCCUUAUUUACUCAAGGUCCAUUCAACAGUUGAAUAUGCUCUUGCAUCGGAUGCAAGAAGUUUUACCAGAGGGAACGUUUAUCGCUACUAAAAAUUUAACGGCGGAUGCUGUUAUUCGAGCUUUGGAAACAGAGUUCAAUUUAUAUCUCGAGGGUGUUGAUAACGAGAAAUUUCGAUUGCAGGAAGCUCGACUCAUGACAGAUUUGAUGAUCGAAGAAUUUAAAAAUUCUUGUACUAUUUAUAAAAGUAGUGAGUGAUGUUGUUAAUAAAGAUUAAAUUUCGUUAAGAAAAAUUCUCGAUUG